AUGUCCUCCGCGAUCGUCCUCCCCGACCUCCAGAACUUCGUUCAGCAACGCAUCACGGCUCUGUACACCGCGCCCAGCGCGGAGGCCUUCGCGGAGGCCUUCGACUCGUUCGUCGGCCAGCACGCCCACAUCACCGUCAACGGCAGGAAGACGUCCCGCGCCGCGUACCAGAAGCUCCUCCUCGGCGAGGUCAACGGCGACCUGAGCGCGACGGUCACGUUUGGCGACGUCGUGGCGGUGCCCGCGGACCCGGAGGGCCAGGACUUGAACAAGAUCGGGACCGGCACCGUCGGCGCGUUCUUCAGGGCGAACAUCGUCGGACGCAUCAUCGUCCUCGGCUCGCGCGAGUCCAAGACCGUCACCUCGUCCUUCAACGUCACGUACGUCCUGUCUCGCCGCUCUCCCGCGUGA